CAGUACAGCCUCUCCACUGCUGUUUGUCACGUUCCACAAUUUACAUUUUACAUAACCAGUUUUACAUUUGUGCUAGCCUGCAAGACGCGUGCUCUUUUUUUUUUUGAUGAUUAUUAAUUUAUUAAAGCUUAAUUAAAAAAUGCUCUAUGUGUGGAAAUAGUUCAAGUUGGACUCAAAGGUAAAAUAGUACACGCUGUUCUGCAGUGUUUCCCAGUGACUCUGCUGGGGGAUGAUCUGAAAUAACCUUUUCAAAUAAGAUCAGAAUGAUAUUUUAAUGGUCCGGUGUCAUGCAGAACUACUUGUUGCUUUAUCAAAGUUAACUUUUUCUUUGCAAAUGGAGCCAUCAAGUAGCAUAUUUUGUGCCCUUAUAAAAAUGCAUCUACUACAAAUUAAAAGUCGGAUAAUUCAUGAGAGCUCAGUAAACAAUAUUUUAGAAAAAAUAACGAUGUGGUCAAAAAGGCGAAUGACGCACAAAUGCAUUCUUUUAAAUAAUUUCAAACAACUAUUUUAAUUGUUAGAACCAGUUUUCUUUAAUUUUCUCUGUUUUCAAAUGUAGCACUCCACUCAAUAUAAAAGUCUUGACAAUAAUUGGCCUGGACACGCUAUUGCCAGUCUCUCUAUUAUUGUUGCAGGGCAGGAGUGGGACAUUUGCUUUGGCAACGAUUUGCAGCAUACAAAAGACGCUAGAUGUGCUCUGAUGGUCUUUGUGUUUUGCUCAUCUGUGCAUUUAAUCAGAUGAUUAGUAUUACACAUUAUCCUUUACAUUUUUCUUAUGUAGAGAUUUGGAGAAGGGGGUCUUAGGAGAAGGCGCCUGAAGUUAAAGAGGCAGCAAUAUUUGCAAGUAUCGCGGCACAUUUCAAAGCAUUUUCUCUGCGAUAUUUGAAAACGGAGUCGUGCAGUGAACGCCUGCGUGUCCCUUUUAAAACAAACCCAGCGCCUGUCAAUCACCCCGCAUUCCAACCAAUCCCAAAGCUCCCUUUUUAAAAGCAGGUUUGCCUGCUGUGCUUUUAUAUUGCACCAUGGCCUGUUUCGAAGCAUUUUUACUACCACGGUUAUUGCCACAAAUCAAGAGGGCAAAGUGAACGGCAUGGGACUCACACCAACUUUAACGAAAUUGAGUCUGGUUCCUACUUCUGCGAAGUUCACGGCCAAGAAUUUCACAUGCAGAUGAUAUACAAACAAGGGGGAAUGGAAAGAGAACUUCUGGGUGAAUCCUGAGUGCUGAAUUGGUUUGAUUUUGCAAACUCAUAGCCAAACUCACAACAAAACAUGACAAGCCUUUCGAGGUUUAGUGGCUGCCCUCUCUCUUGCGUCAACCCCGGAGAGAGCAAUACUGAACCCAGCGUGGUGCUGCCACCUUUGGCAGGAGAGCACAUGGGACUCCCCACUGGCAGUUCCUUAAAACUCUGCCCCUCGCACAAUUUGCGAGACUACCACGAGACGAGGUCCAGUGCAUAUGUUGACCAUUCGGUUCCCAAUUCUUCAGACUCUGGAUACCCCGGUCAUCGCUUAGAGCACAGCCCUAGGGGCAUUAUCAUUGGAGCUAACCUCUCUGGAGCCGGCAUGCCACCUGUCACUGAUCAACUGGCAUCAAGACCUAACCAACAUGGCGGGAUUGGAAGGUAUCGUGACUUUCCUGGCUACAGGGACAACAGAAGCCAUGCUUUUUUCUCAAGUUAUCAGGAGCAGGCCCACGCCUCCACUGACGCAUCUCGUGAUUUCGGCAGCCAGAUGAUGCUGGGUCUACCUGGCGACCUCCUCAGCCGGACUCACCAUUAUGGCCAAACUAUCAGCCCCAAGGGAAACAGCCAGCAGCUUGUCUCCCAAUUCCUGGGUCUGUACAAACCCCUCAACAUGGCAAUUCAGCGUGGAGGAGGCGACGCUUUCCUCAGGUGCUCUAAACAAACAGUGAAGCACGAGCUGGUGUGCAAGUGGAGUGACUGCCAAGAGGGGGCUGGGAAGCUGUGCUGCUCCAGAGCCUUCGGGACCAUGUAUGAACUCGUCACCCAUGUGACAGUGGAGCAUGUCGGAGGACCAGAUCACUCUGAGUAUGUGUGUCACUGGGAGAACUGUGCGAGGGACAGGAAGCCUUUCAAAGCCAAAUACAAGCUGGUGAACCACGUCAGAGUGCACACAGGGGAGAAGCCCUUUCCUUGCCCCUUUCACGGCUGUGAGAAAGUUUUUGCAAGAUCAGAAAAUCUUAAAAUCCACAAGAGGACUCACACAGGUGAAAAACCUUUUAAAUGUGAGUUCGAGGGCUGCAACCGGAGGUUUGCGAACAGCAGCGACAGAAAGAAGCACUCUCACGUGCACUCCAGUGACAAACCCUACAUGUGCAAGGUCAGGGGCUGCGACAAGUGUUACACCCACCCCAGCUCCCUGAGGAAGCACAUGAAGCUCCACUGCAACAAGACCCACGUCGCCAAAAGCGAUGACGCGCGCCCCGGUGACGCUGGGGGUCACAUCGCGGAGGCCAGGUCAACCCGAGUCACGGAUGGAACCCAUAUCAGCCCUCCUCACCCCCCGCCGUCCACUCAUGAUAUCCCCCUGUCCCCAGAGAGUCGAGACGACCCGACCCCGAGGUCACGUUUCCAUCACACGUUUGACAGCAGUUUGGACUACUCCACGCACAGGUCACAGCCCCUCUUGGACCCUUUGUUGCUCCAGAGAGGCAGCUACAGGUCCCAGUCCUCCCAGUACCCCUGCAGCCAGACAGGUCACACUUUUGCCCAGAGCUCAAGGACUUUCCCCUCCACUUCUCCCUUUCAGAAAAGUAUUGUGAAUGGAUGGUACACAUGCCACAGCGGCGUGGACUCUUUCCCACCAAAGCAGUGCAACAACAUCCCGUCCCUCUGAGGUCCUGUUGGGACACUAUUUUUCGGGCCUAUUUUUUCAUGUUAACUCCCAGCUGUAUCUCUAUUACUCUCUGUAUUUUUGUCAAUGUUGUAUCAGAUAUUUUGUGACGCGUCCUGAGUCAUGCAUUGCGAGCUUUAUCUGUUGUUGUGAGGCCUGUUUGGUUGGUUUUUGGCUUCUAUAGCCACAUCUCUCCCCACAGUGGCUUAUAGGAACUUUAACAAAGUGUAUAUGCCUAAUUGUUCGCUGUGUUGCGUAAUUAUUAAAGAUAUCUAUCUUAAAAAAGACCAAGGAUUUUAAUGGAAAUCUUCUGAACUUAUAGGCUACUGAAGGAGUAAAAGGAGACGUCUUGCUGAAUGUAGCCCUCCAUGUAGGGGUCUCUGUUGAAUGUAAUCUAGAUGUAAUGUAUGUCGGGAACAUAAACAUAAUUCAUGUCUUUAUGUAUGUCGCAAGAUGAAAUAAAUAUCACAAAGUUAAGUUCUGAGAGCUCACCAGCCUGCGUGAUGGGCCUGAAGCUCCAUUUGUCUGUAAUUAAAAUACUGCGAGGCUCAGUAGGUUUUUUUUCCCCUUGAUUAAGUUCUGGCCCCUUUUCAUUCCACAUUGUUGUUUGUACUAUAUGUAUAUUUCACAUUUCUGUGCAAAGUAAGACCAGUGUGAGCAUAAACCAGUGUUCGUGAUACUAUUGAAAACGUUUAAUUAGCAUACAGUUCUACUGUACAUAAGCCUACUGUAUAAUUAAUUAUGUAUUCUAUAUUUUAUUAAAGUGUCUAUAUUCUCUUUGAUCAGGCGUGUGUGGUUAAACCCAAUCAAUGCAUUUUCAUCACAUUUUUUAAUUUUUAAUUUUUAUUCUUAUACUUUCUGGUAUAGCACGCCAUAUUUGCAGGUUUGCAAUUUGUGCAGACUAAUGCACCGCCCUGCACUAUUCUAUAUGUAAAUUGAUAUGAGGAGCUGGUCCGGCAUUUAACAUAAACGCAUUAAACUGGUUUGAUUGACAUAAAUCUCCUGGAAGUGAACAGUAACGUUAAGCACUAAAAUAUUUAAAAAAUCUUGCAAAACUGUGGUGCUAACUCCGCACAACAAACACAAAAAUAGCGUUCAUUUUUUAAAUCAGAGUUUGGUUUUAUCUGCGCCAUGAGUGCGCUUUUUUUUUCUUUUUUCUUUUUUUGGAUACAGGUGUAUUUGCCACAAGGGCGCGCGCAUUGUGUUUUUCAAUGAGGCGCGUCCUUAUGUGCCUUUUACUUCCACCUCAACACACCUUUGCUCAUUUUAUAUCCUGUUUAUAUAUAUUUUUUUUCAUUCGAUUUCUGUCUCUCUGUCUGUCUCCUACUCACGAGUGUUUAGAGUGUUUACGCGCGCACACAUGUGCGCGUAAACACUCUAAAACGUCUUAUCUUACAGGUAAGAAAGCUGUAAACUUAAAUAUGUAGCAUUAAAAUAUUUUACUGUCUAUCUGCUAAGUACUAAACUGUUAUUAUUCCCAUCACUGUUUAAUUCUUACUGCAAACUUUUAUUCUGUCACAUCCAAAUCAGUUUCAGCUCCUUUGAACACUUUGAGUCUGAAUAGAUAUUUCCUGGAUUUCACUGUUAAGAAAUUGCAGCAUGGCUCAGAGGGGACAGAUAUUUGGCUAUUAAUAAAAGCUGACAAAGUUGCAAAAAAAAAAAGCUAAAAGAAGAGAUGUUAGUUUUCAGGGGUUUUUUUUGGAUACACACACUUCUAAUAGCAAAAUGUUUGCUUCAGUUCACCCAACUUACACUUUCGCUGACAUAUUUGUU